AAAGAAUAAAAUCAAAACGAUCUUUUUAAGUUAUUCAAGUUAUUAGAACUUUUACCCUCACGAUUUAAUCUAAUAUCAAAGAAAUAACAGAAAAUUAAUACAAGUUCACAAAAUUGCUCAACAAAGUAUAUGAAAGGAACAUUAGAAAGUACAAACCAUUUCCCCAUUUCCUAUUCCUUCCUGGCUUUACUGGACCUGUCAAGCCUUUCUUCGUUCCUUUGAAAUUGAAACUGAACCCAACUACUUAAGAGUCGAGACAGACGUGCACAACUCAGAACUCAUCCCAGGUUACUGCUGAAGCUUGGUUUCAUAGAAAACCCAUGAAAGGAGCAUUCAAAUUUAAUGUUAUUUUUAACAAAUGGAAAUUUGGGGGUGUUAGGGAGAUUUCUGCAUUGCCUGGAAAGGCCAAAGGUCUAAAGAUUGAUGGGGUUAAGGAUAUUGUAGCAGUAGCUUCAGUUAAUUUGGCUGUUGCCCUUGCCAAUAAAUGUCAACUUGCUGUCGGUUUGCUUGAUGCUGAUGUCUAUGGACCUUCUAUUCCGACAAUGAUGAAACUUCAUGGAAAGCCAGAAGUUAAUGAGAAUCUAAAGAUGAUUCCCAAGGAGAAUUAUUCAGUAAAGUGCAUGUCAAUGGGGUUGCUUGUGGAAAAGGAUGCACCAAUUGUUUGGAGAGGGCCCAUGGUCAUGAAUGCUUUAGAGAAAAUGGCAAAAGGAGUUGACUGGGGCCAGCUUGAUGUUCUUGUGGUGGACAUGCCACCGGGAACUGGCGAUGCUCAGCUGACUAUUUCCCAGAGGCUGCAAUUAUCAGGUGCUAUAAUUGUCUCCACUCCUCAAGAUAUAGCACUGCUUGAUGCUCGAAGAGGUGCUCACAUGUUCAACAAAGUUGAUGUUCCGAUCAUAGGGAUCAUAGAAAACAUGAGCUGCUUUAUGUGUCCACACUGUUGCCAGCCUUCAUAUAUAUUUGGGGAAGGAGGGGCCAGGAGGACAGCAGCUGAACUAUGUCUCCAAUAUCUUGGUGAUGUACCAUUAGAGAUGGACAUUAGAACUAGCUGUGACGAAGGGGUUCCUAUUGUAAUAUCAUCGCCAGAUUCUGCCAGCGCUAGUGGAUAUACUGAUGUCGCUCAGAAGGUUAUGAAGCGAUUAGAGGAACUGUCGCAGAAGCAAUUUCGCCCUGAAAUUUCAGUCUGAUGUUUGUGCACUAAGAAUUUUCGGUUUCAGUGUGUGUUUGUGUCUCUAUGCUUCUUUGUGGGCGUGUGAUGCUACAUUCAUGGCUACGCCAGUUUUGGACUCGUGUUUCUGUAUUUACGUCCCAAGAUUUUGUUGCGAGCCUCUGUAAUCGAACUUGCUUUUUCGGUGCAAACGGGACUUUACUUGGGGGUAUUUCUGAACCUAUCCAGAGAAACCUGAAAUUUUGAUUAUUAUGUACGUGGAAUAAUUAGUGGUGCGGUGCCUGAUAGUGUACUCUUUUGUCUUCUUAAGAUUGCUUCUUGUUUUAACAUUUUAAAAACGGAGAGUAGAUAAUGUAUUAUUUCUAUUUGCUAAUUAGACAUGGGAAUGAACCAAAACAAGGAAAAAAUAUAUCCAAUUUAACAUGCAAAUUAAGGUCACUUGUUUUUUAAAAUAAAUUUAUUUAUAUUCUAAAAUUGAACUAUAUACUUAUGUAGUUAUGUUAUAAUCUUCAAAUGGAGGGUCAUAGGUUCAUUGCCAUUUACUUGCUGAUGUUUUUAUAUGAAAUGUUCAUGAGAAUUAAAAAAAUUUGAAUCUUUUAGAUAAAUAUUAUUUAUU